AUGAUGCGGCAUCCGGCCCACCACCUGGCGACGCAGAAGCUGCAGGAGAGAGAGGGGCACGAGCCAGCCACGCAGUCGCUGCUCGCGCCGCCGACGCCGUCGCUGCUCGCUGCGCGCAUGCUCCGGCCGCUGCAGGUCGGUGCCGCUGGCCACCCCUCUGCGGAGAGCGCGACUCGCCAGCCCUGCGCCCGUCGGGCUCGUCCACCCCCCUGGGCCGCACGGGGCCCCGGCUGCGGCCCGACGCGCCGUCCCUGUCCGGCGGCCUGGCCGGCGCCUUGGCCCCGCUGCCGCGGGGCAGCUCUGGGCAGGGCGCCCAGCUGGCGCAGGACGACGCGGCCCUGGGCCUGGGGCCCCUGCACCGCGGGGAGGUGGAGGCCAGCGGCCGCCUCGAGGGGGGCCACGAGUCGCCUGCGGAGGGGGGCCGCGGCAGCGGCGGCAGGCGCGGGCGGCGCGUGGCCUCUGGCCCGGCCAUGUGCGGGAGAGCGACCACCGGACUUCCUUCUUCAUGGCGAACACGGAUAUCACCCCGCCGAAGCGGCGCAGCUCCGUGGGGGGCACGCUCGUUCGCAGGACCAGCAAGGGCAGCUACGACCUGAACCACCCACGCUGCCCCUGGAUGGCGUCCAUGCGCCGGAGUGCCCUGGAGAUCCUGGAGCAGAAGGAGAGUUCGACCUCGCAACCGCCCUGCUCAUAGUCCUGAACGCGAUCCUCAUGGGCGUGCAGGCCGACUUCGCCGCGCACGCGACGCGCGAGGGUGGCGCCCGGGAGCCGACGGUGCUGCAGGUCGGUGCUCGGAUCUUCGCUGCCGUCUUUGUGGUGGAGUUGGCCCUGCGCCUGUUCGGGUACGGGGCCGCGUUCUUCUUUAUGCCGGGCUGCUCCUGGAACUACUUCGAUUUCGUAGUGGUCACCCUGCAGGUGUUCGAGGAGGUCUCCGCGUACAUGGCCGACAACCAGCCCGGCCAGCACACCGGCUUCAGCUUCCUGCGCAUUCUGCGGGUGUUACGGCUGCUGCGCGUUUUGCGGCUGCUCAGGGUGCUGAGCAUGAUACAGGAGCUGCGCACCCUGGUCAACUCAAUCGGGAAGACCAUGCCGUCCCUGAUCUGGACGGUGUCUCUCCUCAUGUUGAUGAUCUACACCGCGAGCAUCUGCUUUACGCAGGUGGUGGCCGAUCUCGCCGAGGGCGACCCCGAAUCCGUGGCAGUGGGCACGGACACCCACAAGUAUUACGGCUCCCUUUUUCGCUCGAUGUUGUCGCUCUACCAAGCAAUUACUGGUGGAGUCAGCUGGCAUGUCCUGAUCGACCCACUUUUCGCCCAGAACUCCCCAGCAAUGGCAUUGCUGUUUUGUUUCUACGUUUCGUUUGCAGUCUUAGCAAUGCUGAAU